AUGCUUCUAAAACUUAGUCAGCCUGAAACAUACGAUGAACUAUUACCAAAGCUUUUACAGGCAAUGUGUAAAAUAUGUCAGUCUCAUAUAGUCCAGGAAAAAGAAUCAAAAUCAGAUGAAUACACAAGUGAAUUUGAAAGAGUAAAUGAUGCAACAAUUAAUGCCCUGAGGUGGAAAGCUGAUAAGCCUUCUGACUUUGCUAUAAAGGGUAAUUCCAAACAUAUAUUCGAAUCAUUAGAAUGGUAUACAGAUGUGCCGAUUAGUGUAAAGGACAAAGAUGAUAAGAUUGUUACAGCUACUGGAAAUUUUGCUUAUAUUAAUAAUAGUGAACCUGAACCAAUGUUAUGUUUAGGUAUGACAUGGAUUCGAAAAGUUCAAGGUAUUCUUGAUCCAAAUAAAAAUCAAUUUCGAAUAAAGUUACAUGGGAAGACUUACACUAUCCCAACUUUUAGCAAGGCUACAGAGGUUAAUGAACCAGAGCAACAAGUUUCAGAUAUGUAUGAUGGUAAAGUUCUUGCAGAAAGAUGCUCUCAGCUUACUGAGGCAAAGACAGCAUAUAGAAGCUAA